AUGGCGCCCAAUCUGGUUUUCCGGCACGCCGGCCACAAUGUUUUGCCCCUACACGACUCCGUCCGCCGUCAUGUACUGCGCAUUGUCAGCGAGGGAGUCGGACCGGACCAGGUCCGAGGCGUGGUGGGUGUUGUGGUGGUGAAGGAUGGUGCGGAUGUAGGGCGUUUGGAUUUCGACCACAAUGCUGUCCUGCAGGAGAUAUCCAGACUUCAACCAAGUGCUCUCGCAUUUGUGAACUGA